AUGGAUACAGAAACACGGAAAAUUCCCAGACAAUUAAAAAAUAAUUCUUUGGGGGAAGACCUAGAGCUGCAACCGCCUGGAAACUCCGAUACUGAGACAGAAAGUGCCUCUGAGACUGGCUCCUGGCCCGAAGCAAGUGAUGUCGAAAGAGAAUGGGUUUCUGAGCCCGAAAACGCAGACUCUCUCUCGGAAUCAGACUCGGACACUUCCGACGAGUCCGAUGAUGACUUGGAUGAUGAUGAUCUUGCAGGACGUGAUGAAUUUUCCGAAGAAAAUAUUCGCCAGAACUUUCAAUUUGAAACUACUGGCGAUAAGAUCAAAUUGUUGAGUUUGGAUGAGCUGAGAAGAUACGAAGAAGGACUCGGACCGGAGGAUCAGAAUUAUAAACAUGCUCAUCUGAUCGUUGAGGAGCAUUUAGCGGGAAAUGAAAGAACGGAAUGUCAUGUUCGGCUGGAAAUAGGAAGCGCCUACAAACAGAUAAGAGAUUACGGCGCCGCGAACCGAAAACUACUCGAUAUUUACACUCGGCGUCAGAAAAGAGAGCAAGAAAUCUUCGAAAAAUUCGAGGAAAAAAUAGAAAGGUCCGAAAGACGAAGAAUGAAGGAGAAGAAGGAGGCUGAAAAAGAAAUCGCUCUUCUCGAGCUUUUACUUCUGAAUAAAAAAGCGAAACUAGAACGAAUUUCUCAAGAAAACUACGAAAGAGUCGUCGCAAAAUCAACUGCAGAAGCGUCUCCGCUUGAGACGGAUGCUGAGAGAGAAGCUCGGUUGGCACAGUUUAUCAAUAAUAGUGAAAACAAAAACGACGCAGCUUCUGAUAUAGAAGAUGAGGAGGAAAGUGACCCAGAAAGUGGUACAGAGGUAGAAGUAAACGACCCUGACUUGAAGGUGCAAGAUUGUGGAAAGGCUAAGCGCGAAGACGACGAUUUAGAGGAAGAUGAAUACGAAGACGGCCUGCCCUUGAAAGAAGGCCCCGUUCAAGACCAAAUGAUGCCGGAGCCAGGACAUGAUGAAGAAGAAAAACCGCCAGAGAAAGAGGAACAAAAUCAAAUAAGCGAUGCUGUUCCUGAAAGUUUUGACAUGAAUUCGAAUAAAGAAGAGCCUCCAAUACCAUCCCAGUUAAAAGCAGAGUUUUCUGGCUUCAACCAGCACGAACACGAUCUCAUUCGGUCAAUGACUCGACAACUUUGCGAAGAAAGAAGCAGAGCCGGCAAGAAGAACGAUACCCCAGGAACUUCGGACCCAGUAAUCAUCAUAAGCGACUCUAGUGAUGAAGAUGCACCCAUUCUCAUCAGCGAUACGGACGAGCCAUGA